AACGGCGAAUGGAUACAAAUUUAAACGGACAUAUGUAAUCGAAACACUUAAGUAUUAAUAUUUAUACAAAUAUACACAUACACAUAUACACUAUUGUGGUCGCGAACGCUGCCCCUGUCUGUCCAGUUACGGUUAUGUGUGCACAUUUGUUACACUAAAAAUGUAACAAAUUGUUAAGUACGUGAUAAUUCUAAAUCAUAAUUGCAUUGUGAAUUACAACCCAAGGAAAUAUGUUUAUCACUCGCCAUGGCUGAUAUCAUAUUACUACUGAGCAUAUUGUCAACGGUGUCAUGUGAAAGCAUUUCCUAUCUAUCGUCGGAAACGUCAUUGUGGUCAAGUAGCGAGGAGAAAUGUGUGCCAGCGACACCAAAGGUUGACGUUACUUCUGGACUUCCUCCAGCUGUAUACAAUGUUAAUAAUCUGGAUAUAGAAUUACCUGAUAAUGAAGAUGUAUGGGUGGGAUAUUAUCAGGUAGAGAGAGUAUUUGAAUAUAUUGGAUGUGCCCAACAUCGACAACUCUUUCACACUGACCCAAAAUUCGUCUCAAUAAAAGGAGAUCCAGGUCAUUGCUUUCCGGGUUGCGAUGAAAGUACCAUUAUCGGCGUGACCAGAACUCGGUGUUACUGUCUAGAUGAUGUAGGCAACGUAAGAAGGUUUAAUGAACCAGGAUGCACAGACAUUUGUACCCAUCCUUCCGUUGCAUGUGGUCAUGAUAUGGUACCAAUUAAGAACACGUAUUUAUCAAUAUACAAAAUCAAUCCAAAAGUUGCUGUUACAUCUAUCCCCUUCACCCCAACGGUAAUGCCUGCAGAGGAAAAACAUUGUCUAAUGACGCGCACAAGUUUUCCGCAGAAAUUCUACUGGGAUGGAUGUUUGCGAUAUAGAGAAGUCAUGUGUUUCUAUGGUCAUGUUGACAACGUACUCUGCAAAGAUGGGUCGAUAUACUGUACAUGGAUAGAUGCCGCAAAUACAUGCUUUCAAACUGGAGGUGUUUCAACAUCAUAUUCAAAUUCAAAGAAUAUAGACAAAAGCAAUAACGAACGGUUUUGGACUGGAGUUUUUAAAACCAAUGUGGUUUACAAAUACAAUGCAUAUAUUCCAGUGAAACUGAGAAACGAUCGCAAGAAAUUGGGCUAUAUCAAAAAGGAAUCGGAAACCAGUGUGAAAUUAAGAUUUGCAGAGGCCGAUUCGAUGAAAAGAGUUCUUUGCAUGGAAGGUGUCAGUGUCACAGUCAUCACCACAACAGUAGUUAUCAGUGUAGUUGUUGCGGCCAUUAUUGUCGCAGUGUUGCUGAUGAAAAAGCGGCGGACGGAUCAAGGAAAACGUUUGGAAGAAGUUGGAUCCUUACCCGAACAAACCAAUUACAUAACACCUAUUUCUGAGGAAGCAGGAAAUGGGGCUUCUACAACAAUACAAGACAAUGGCACAGGAGUAGCCAGAGAAGAAAUCGCAAUACAAAAUCCACAAAGGAGUGCUUAUGAGUCAAUAGGUGAAAGACAUGAUGGGGAACACAACUAUGAAACACCAAAUGCACAAAGGAGUGCUUAUGAGUCAUUAGGUGAAAGGCAUGAUGAAGAACACAGCUAUGGAGCACCAAAUGCACAAAGGAGUGCUUAUGAGUCAUUAGGUGAAAGACAUGAUGGGGAACACAACUAUGAAACACCAAACACACAAAGGAGUGCUUAUGAGUCAUUAGGUGAAAGACAUGAUGAAGAACACAGCUAUGGAGCACCAAAUGCACAAAUGAGUGCUUAUGAGUCAUUAGUUGAAAGGCAUGAUGAAGAACACAGCUAUGGAGCAUCUGCCCAAGCAACAAGCGCGUUUUAUCAGUCAUUAGAAGAAGAAAGGGUGGACACACACAACUAUAAAAUAGCUGGACAGCCCAAGGAGUUAGAAUAUCACUCACUAGGAGAUAAGAUAAAAGAAACACACUGCGAUGAAAAAUCAGACCAAACAGCUUAUCUUAAACCUUAUGAAUGGGUUGAGUAAACCUACAAAUGUUGGCAUGAACGGAAUACAAAACGCUUUAACGUAAUAUAUAUUAAGUUAAUCAAAGUAAUGCAGCUAAUAAUUGGUUUAUUUUGGCCGACUUAUGGCCAACGUAACCGCAUUGGGCGUUUUGACCAAUAUUGCAUAUUUUGCACGUACAGGUCAUGUGCACCAAC